CUUAUAAAUCGUUAACGUUUAUUAAUACCAAUAACGAAAUAUUUUAAAUUUGCUUUACAAUGAAUUAGAUUUUUUUAGACGAGAUUAUGACAGUACCACCACGUGGUUGAAUAUAGUGCUUGUGCAACUUUCGUAGUCGGAAGACGAUUGUCGCCAAAUAACAAUGUGCGUGUUAUUGGUAAAAAAUACAGAAAUUUAUAAAAAUGAAUAAGACAAGGCUGACGUCAGAAUUUUAUAACAAAGAAUGCGUAGAUCUCGCAAUAGCACUUCUAGGAAAAGUUUUGUGCAGGAGACUAUCAGACAACUUUAUUGUUUCUGGCUAUAUUGUGGAAACCGAAGCGUAUUUAGGAUUUGAGGACAAGAGUGCUCAUAGCUAUAAUGGCAGGCGGACAAAUCGAAAUGAGGCAAUGUUUAUGCCUCCUGGAACAUGUUACGUUUACAUAACCUACGGAAUGUAUCAUUGCCUAAAUGUAUCAAGUCUUGGGGAAGGUUGUGCAGUACUUUUGAGGGCAUUGGAACCGUUAAAUGGCAUUGAUAGGAUGUCUGAAUUACGAUCACAAGGAAAAAAGAAAACGAGUCCCAAAAUGAUUCCACUCAAAGACUUAUGCAACGGACCUGCAAAACUGUGCAUCAGUUUAGAUGUGAAAAAAGAAAAUAUUGAUAAACAAGAUUUGUGCACUUCUAAUGACAUCUGGAUAGAACAUCCCGAUUAUGAUUCUGCAAUAUUUAAUACAGAUAUUACCAAUAAUAUCGUUAAAUCUCCAAGAAUUGGUAUAGAAUCCGCAGGAGAAGAAUGGUCCAAGAAACUGUUACGUUUUUAUAUUAAAGACAAUGCAUUUGUAAGCAAAAAGGAUAAAAAUGCUGUACCUUUGGAAUGACUAUUAGAAAUAGAAAUACGCAAAAUGUUUAAAACAUUUAUUUUUAAUGUAAAGUUUAUUAUAAAAAUAAUCUGACAAAGUCAUCAAUCUUCUGGUUGAAUCAGAUUAGGCGACUGGAAUUUUAGCUUGACUCUUCUCAUAAAAUCUAUGGCUGGUCUACCCGUAAGAAUACUUUCAUUUCUUAUGUCACCUACUCGAAAUGCAACAUUUCCUAGAAUAUAAAAUUUGUUUUAAUCAAGUAUUCAAGACUAAAGAUGAUAUAAAUCAAAUACAAAUUGUUAUAAUGAAAUUAUGUAUUUGUAAAUUAUUGUUUAAGAAAC